UCGGCAUUAGCAGCAUGGCGACUGGGAUCAUCAGCCUAAUGUUUCUGCGCUCCGAGGAACUGUGGGUGUUUGCACUCUGCUGUGUGCUGUACGGGUGUAGCGAUGGCAUAAGAAUGAGUAUUCAGACACCUAUUCUAGUAGAUCUAUUCGGCGUACAGAAUCUACCGAUGGUCCAGGCAAUCUACAAUCUCUUCACCGGUAUCGGAUUGCUGUGUGGACCCGUAGUUGCAGGCUUUCUCCUGGACUACACUGGAGACAUGAGAGCAGUCUUCAUCCUGUGUGGAGUGACGUGUAUGGUCGGUACAGCCUUGCAAGGUGGCGCCUUCUAUAUUGACUACAGACAGGAACAUACGAGAGAAGAACCAAGGCAGCUAACGCGCACGGAAAUAGGGAAAACAUUUUGGAUGAAACACGAUUUUAACCAAUGCAUAACGCGAUAAUGCAGUUAAUACAGAUCAUACAGGUAUAAUACAAAACUGGAUUAUAAUGAUGCAUUAAAGACGUGUUUAAUCCAGACAGCAGCUAAUAAGGGUUUAUUCGGCAAUGGCAAAAACGUA